CACACAGGGUUGGUGCAAAUGUAGAUAGUCAGUGGUUCAUUUGGAGCUUCCCACAUUCACAGACCGCUGUGCGCAAUGGCACGAGCGCUCCUCCCGCGCGGGGCUGGGCGCGAUAACCGGAUAACUUUCCCCUCUGCCUGAGGAUGCUUUUUCUCGAUGGCAUCUGAUGAAUUCUCAACUGGGAAACAGUAACAGGUCUGCCGAACAUCUCAUCUCCCAUGUCACCGGGACGUCUCCAUGGCGAUGUUUAGCAGCGCAGAGCGGGUCUGGAACGAAUCGGACCGCCUGUGGUGGGACUCGGAGAGGAACGAGAGCUCAGAGGCGUCAGAGCAGGAUGAGCGUAACUACUACGCCAUGCUCUACUCGCUGCUCAUCCUGGCCAUCGUGUUUGGAAACGUACUGGUGUGCAUGGCCGUGGUGAGGGAGCGCUCCCUGCAGACCACCACCAACUACCUGGUGGUCAGCCUGGCUGUGGCCGACCUGCUGGUGGCCUCGCUGGUGAUGCCCUGGGCCGUGUACCUGGAGGUGGUCGGCGGGGCCUGGCUCUUCAGCCGGCUCUACUGUAACGUCUUUGUCACGCUGGAUGUGAUGAUGUGCACCGCCAGUAUCCUCAACCUGUGUGCUAUCAGCAUUGACAGGUACACAGCCGUGGUGAUGCCCGUCCUGUACAACAUCACGUAUCGCUCCAAGAAGAGAGUGUCUGUGAUGAUUGGCACCGUGUGGGUCCUGGCCUUCACCGUCUCCUGCCCGCUGCUGUUUGGUUUCAACACCACAGAUGACCCGCUGGUGUGCUCCAUCUCCAACCCUGACUUUGUGAUCUACUCCUCGGUGGUGUCCUUCUACCUGCCGUUCAUCGUCACUCUGCUCGUCUACAUCCGCAUCUACGUCUUCCUCCGGAUGAGGAGGAAGAGAAUCAUCUUCCGUCAGACCAGCCGUAAAGUGCAGCCGGGCUCCACUGCACCGUCUGUGGAGACCUGUCUACAAGAGGAGACUCCCAAGGCAAAGCAGGACCUGUCCCCUAUAAGGAUCAAAGUGCAGGGCGUAGAGCCUUCAAGUCCCUCCAAGCCCAACCUGUUGUCAGAGUGUUGGUGGCGCAAGCGUCCAAAGACGAACCCUGUGGACUCCGGUCUGCCUCCGGUGGACACGCAGAACAGCCUCAGUCACGCCUCCUGCGGUCGCACCGAGAUGGAGCCGGAGAGAGGGGAGGACGACGACGACGAGAACAACCAGCCUGCCGUCAGGAGGAACUGCAAGGUGAAGGAUCUGUCAAACGGACGAACGCACACGACUGUACGGUGGACGGCUCAAUCGCAAAUCAACAGUUCAAGAUUCAGGAGCAUGCACGCACGUGAGAAAAAGGCCACUCAGAUGCUGGCCAUCGUGCUGGGGGUGUUUCUCAUCUGCUGGCUGCCCUUCUUUGUGACUCACAUAGUGAACACCCACUGCGGGACAUGCUACGUGCCUCCUGGGCUUUACAGCGCUUUCACCUGGCUGGGUUACGUCAACAGUGCCCUCAACCCUAUUAUCUACACCACCUUCAACAUCGAGUUCAGACGGGCUUUCAUCAAGAUCCUCAGCUGCUGAGCGACAGGAUAUUUAAAAAAUGGAUAUUACUAAGUGUGCUGCACUUAUUGAAAUGGUGAGAACAGAUGGCCACGAUGCAGAUAUUUUUAACCUGCCUUACUCGAGCGGCAAGAAAAAAACAAAGACGCAAUGCAAUAAAUACAAACAAAAGAGGAUUUUUACUUCACUUUUUCCUCAAAAGUACUUGGAUUUCAAUGGAACAGUAUCACUCUUAAAAAAACAUACAGUCUUUUUGAUAGCACAAGGUGUUGGACUUUCUUCUCUCAUACAGUAUCUGUGCUGCUCUUUGAAAAAGGGACUAUCCGAUCCACAUAUUCGAAAGCUCUUUGGACCUAGAAAGAUGAAGCUUCAAGACUGAUAAGAUCGCAGAGCUGCGGGCCACUUUGUCCAAAGGCAGUGUGUGGAUUAACUGAAGUUACUCACCUCCCUCUCUCACCUCUACUACUUCACCAUCAGUUACUCUACAGUGCAUGCACACAUCAAGUUUCAAGGGCGUUCGCUUGGAUUGUGCUGGAAGGAUUGUAUUUGUCCCUAAAAGACACCAUCAUUCUUGAAGAUUGUCAUAUGUUUUGGUGUGGAAGCAUUGUGCUCAAUGUGGAUUCAUUAGAAUACAAAAAAAAAAUACAUUGAGAUUUUGAUGUAAUGCUCAUUGGAAAGGUGUUUGUCGGUUUAUUGGCGAAACCCCCCUGUGAUUUAGAGCUGAUGCCAGAGAUGGAGUACUCGAGUCCUGGACUCUGACUCGAGUGCCGAUUUUCGGGACUCGUGACUCGACUUGGACUUGCGCACUGAUCGACGCGACUUGGACUUGUGAAUUCUCGCGCACGAUGACUUGGACUCGGACUCGUGAAUUUUUCCCCCACGAUGACUCGGACUCGACUUGUACAUUGACGCUCAGACUUGGACUCGAGCAAGUUUUCUCUGGAGGUCUGAUGUCCUCUAUCCUGGCCUGUGCACCUGUGAGGCGAGUUCACGUACUGGGCCCGCUAUUCCAGUCUAGAGAUGUCAAGAGACACACUGUAUACUUUCACACAUUCUGCUUCCACAUUGGGAAAGAGCAGUGCAAAAUGCUCGUUAUGUGGAACAAAGAUUGAAGAGUAACACAUACUCUCAGGAUCGAGUUCAGACAUAUAGGCUGUCUUGAACACUAUCAUCCGAGUAACGUGAUCUAAUCAAUAAAUAAAGAUUCAGCCGAUAACACGAAAGCCCAUGGCUACUUAACAUGCAGAAUGUUGUCAUUUUGCAUGCUAAGUAGCCAUGUGCUUUCUGGGGCUUAAUCUUUAUUGAUAGAAUUUAAACAUUCACUAUAAUAAUUAGCGUCCCUGGCUGAAUGAUGGUCAGACUUUCCAACCGAUGGUAUCUGUUUAUUGAUCACCCUUGCUUUUAUACAAUCAUUACCAACGUAAGAGCUUGUGCCCUUAUCAGCCAGGUGCUAAAAACCCAAUGUAACUAUUUAGUAUAUAAUAAUAUGCAUUUGAUUUAUAUAGCGCUUUUCACAACUCAAAGACGCUUUACAGUAUGAGGGAGGGUAGACAAAUAAGGACAGCCAAACAAGUAAGUAUAGUAAAAUAAAAAAUAAAUAAAAAGGCAGUCAAGAGGACAAUAUGUUAAUUUAUUCGUCAAUAGACAGAUUAGUAUAACAUGACAGGAUAAAAGCAAUGUAGAGGAGCUAUAGCUACAUUUCAACAAAUAUAUCCACUAAGAUUAAUACAUGAAGACUUGUGACUCGGACUUGACUCGGACUCUUCUUGGGUGACUCGGACUUGGACUCAGACUCGAACACAGGUAAUGAUAACUCUGACUCGGACACUCCUUGCGUGACUCCGACUUGGACUCGGACUCGAAAAGUGGGGACUCGAGAGUGACUUGGACUCGUGAAUUGGUGACUUGACUACAGCACUGGCUGACGCAGGGGCUUUGUGAUCUUAACAAAUCGAGCUAGGAUUGUAAAAUGUAUGUCGGGAAGAUCUGAGCUGGACACUGCGUCUACUGUGUGUGUUGUAAAUAAAAUAAAUGAUUAAAUGGC